AAGCAAAACUAGAGUGAGACUCAAACACUGAUACAGAAAUUAGGGUUUUUAUCUGAACAAAUUGGGGGUAAAUCGAAUGGAGCAGGGCACCCAAGGCAGCAUAGUUCUGAGAAGAAAUGGAAACGGAGAGUCACAGGGGGAAGAAGAAAGAGUGGUGGACUUGAGUGGUCAGGUGCACCUCCUCCCCUGCUCCAUCAAAUUCAAUGGCCCUUCCUCCGUUUCCCAAUACUUCAAACCCAAAUCAACUGGAAUCGAAUCGGAGGGUUUAAGGACGCAGGAAGCUUAUUUCAGAGGAAGGAAGUUGCAAGGAGCCUCGAUUCCGAUUCCAGAUGGGUAUUCUGGAUUUGUUCUAGGGAAGAAGAGUCUUGGCAAGAGAAAAGCUUCCGAUAGUUCAGAUGGGAGCUCAAACUGUUGGGAGAUGAAUGCGAAAUACAAAAGCAUCUCAUAUUGGAAUCACGACAGCCUUCCUUCACAGGAUGAUGCAUUCUUGCGUUGUUUUCACUGGCUUUCCGUAGCAAAAUCUAUAUUUGUUUAUGGCUGCAGAUGCACAAACCAGCAACACCCGGAGAUUUGGUUUCUGCAUCAGCUGCAUUGGAAAAGAUGAACUGAUUAAAGAAAUGCAGGAAGCAUUGUAUCUCUUCCCCUGCGUUUUCCUUGUACUAAAAAAGUGAGGAAUGUCAAAGUACUUAAUAACUCUUUGGUAGAAAUUAGCAUUUUUGUACUUUGAAUGCUUGUAAGGUUGUAACAUUAACAUAUAGACUUGUAUUAUACUGGCCAUAGAAUCUAAUUUAGAAAAAAUACCAAUUUGGGAACACUUGGGAGUUCCUUUUUUGGGUCUGAACAAA